AUGAACGCCAUCGCGGACGAAGUCACCAAGGAAAAGCCGAAAACGAUUUACUUGAAAGAUUACCAAACGCCGGCGUACGAGUUCGAGCACGUGAACUUGUCUUUUCAACUGAACGAAGAACACACGACGGUUUCAUCUUCGAUCGAUGUUCGCGUCCAACGUAAAAAGGAGACUUUAUUUUUACACGGCGAUAAGAGCAUGCAAUUGGACGCGGUUCUCGUGAACGGGACGCAAGUUGCGGACGAGCGGUUGACGCGAACGAACGCCGGUUUGUUCGUGAGCGGGUUGCCGGAGGAAGAUUUUACGCUCAAGAUUGUGACGACGAUUAAGCCGCAAGAGAACACCGCUUUGGAGGGUUUGUAUAAAUCGAGCGGGAAUUAUUGCACGCAGUGCGAAGCGGAAGGGUUUCGUCGAAUUACGUUUUACCAAGACAGACCGGACGUGAUGAGUAAGUUUACGACGAGAAUGGAAGCGGCGAAGGAUAAGUACCCGGUGCUGUUGAGUAACGGGAACUUGAUCGACAGCGGAGACGCGGACGGUGGAAGACAUUUCGCCGUCUGGGAAGAUCCGUGGAGGAAACCGAGUUAUUUGUUCGCGUUAGUUGCCGGGAACUUGGCCAAGAUUGAAGAUUCGUUCACAACCAUGAGCGGCAAGAAGGUGGAUUUGAGGAUUUACACCGAGCCGCAUAACAUCGACAAAGCCGAUCACGCGAUGGUGUCGUUGAUUAAGAGCAUGAAGUGGGACGAAGAUACGUUUGGGUUAGAAUACGAUUUGGAGUUGUUCAACAUCGUCGCCGUGGAUGAUUUCAACAUGGGUGCGAUGGAGAACAAAAGUUUGAACGUGUUCAACUCGAGAUUGGUUUUCGCGACGCCGAAAACAGCCACGGAUGCAGAUUACGCCGCGAUCGAAGGCGUCGUCGGACAUGAAUAUUUCCAUAACUGGACGGGAAACAGAGUCACGUGCAGAGAUUGGUUUCAAUUGUCUUUGAAAGAAGGUUUGACGGUAUACAGAGACCAAGAGUUUAGUUCGGACAUGAACUCGAGAGGCGUGAAGAGAAUCGGGGACGUUUCAAAGUUGCGAGCCGCGCAGUUCCCGCAAGAUUCCGGGCCCAUGGCGCACCCGAUUCGACCGGAAGAGUACAUCAAGAUGGAUAACUUUUACACCGUGACUGUUUACGAAAAAGGCGCGGAAGUUGUGAGAAUGUACGAAUCGUUGUUGGGCAAAGACGGGUUCAGAAAAGGUAUGGACUUGUACUUUGAACGACACGACGGGUGCGCGGUGACGACGGAAGAUUUCUUCAGCGCCAUGGCCGAUGCGAACAAUACCGAUUUGAGCGCGUUCAAGCCGUGGUAUCAACAAGCCGGAACGCCAAUCGUGGACGUGAAAACGUCCUACGACGCGUCGACGAAGACGUUUACUUUGAAAGCGACGCAGACGGUGCCGGCGACGCCGGGACAAGACGCCUCUCAAAAGAAGGCGGUGUUGAUGCCCAUCAGAGUUGGUUUAUUGGACAAAUCUACCGGGAAAGACAUCGAAAUUGCCUCCGUGAACGGCGUCGCGCAAGAAAAAGGCACGACGACGGCGGUUCUACGAUUCGACCAAAAAGAACAAACGUUUACGUUUGAAAACGUCGAACAAGACGUCGUGCCGUCCAUCUUGAGAAACUUUUCCGCGCCGAUUAAAAUGACGACGGAUUUAGAGGAAGGCGACUUAUUGUUUUUGAUGGCGAACGAUUCCGAUCCGUUCAACAGGUGGGAAGCUGGUCAAACGUUGUUUCGAUCUCUGUUGGUGAAGUUAAUCGCGGACGAGACGAACGGGAAGGCGCUGGAAAUGAACACGAAAAUUACGGACGCGUUGAGAAAAACCAUCGAAGGCGCAAAAGCGGCGGACGCGGAUAAGGCGUUCAUCGCGAGAGCGAUGAUGGUGCCGAGCGAAUCCGAAUUGGUCGAAAUGCUCGAACCAGGGACGGUGGAUCCGGACGUGGUCAAAGCAGCCAGGAAGUUUGUCAUGAAAUCGUUAGCGGCGGAUUUGAGGCCGCUGUUGGAAGAAACGGCGAAGGCGAACUCGGCGCCGGCGUACAAAAACGAACCGGCGGACCGAGCCAUGCGUUCUCUCAAGAACACGUGCUUGGGAUACUUGUCCUACGUGGACGCGCCUGAAGUCGCUAAAGACGCGUUGGAGCGAUAUCAAAACGCGGACAACAUGACGGACAAAAUCGCCACCCUAUCGGCGCUUUCCGACAAAGUCUGCGCCGAGAGAGAAACAGCCUUUGAUGCUUUUUACCAAGAGUGGCAACACGACCCCUUGGUCAUGUGCAAAUGGUUGAGUUUACAAGCCGCAUCGGGCGUCCCGAACAACUUGGGGAACGUCAAAGCGUUGUUGACGCACCCGGCGUUUGACAUCAAGAACCCGAACAAAGUGUACUCGUUGAUCGGCGGCUUCAUGUCCAACCCGACGACGUUUCACCAAAAAGACGGUCAAGGCUACGAAUUCUUGGCGGAUGUUAUUUUGCAAUUAAACGAUAUCAACCAACAAGUCGCGGCGAGAAUGGCUGGUGGGUUCACGCGAUGGAGAAAAUACGACCCGAGCAGACAAGCGCUCAUGAAGAAACAGUUGGAAAGAAUCAUCGCCACGGAGAAUUUGAGCGAAAACGUUUACGAGAUCGUGAAGAAGUCGCUCGAUUAA